AUGGAGAAUCCCGUGACGAACUACCACCAGAGCGCAAUAUCGGACUCUCAGAUCAAGGAUCGCUUCUACCGAUAUUUCCAGCAGGAAUGUACUGAACUGCAAGAGCAGAUUGUCCGCCUUGAAAAUUACAGUUUCGUUGGAGGAGAAAAGCAAGAUGCCAUUGAUCACGUCCUUUCUGGAAUCAGCAGACUUGCGAAUGAUGUCUCGGACUCGUCAGCAUUUGUACCAGCAUAUGACCAGCGAAUUUAUGCUCAGGCAAGUCUCCCAAAAGCCAUCAAAGCUCUAGAGGAGAAACUACAAGAAGCCAGAGCCAAGUUCGCACCUAGGUCUAGAUUUCAGUUCAAGAACAAGAAUACCUCUGCUAUCUCAAUCAAUGAUGCAGCGGAACUUGCUGCCCAGCAGCGACUUAAUGCAUCAGGACUUAGGCCUGGAUUCGCGUCUUCUACCGAGUCUUCCAUGGCUACCACCCCCGCAAACUUGAUGACCCCUCCAGGUGAAAGAGAUUCCAAGGAUACACUCGGUGACCUUCCGUCGUUUCCAAAGAAUUACAAUGAAGAGAUGUCCAGAGGCAUGCCAGGACCGAUACGAAAACCAAGUUUCUCCCAGGCUACUAAUGUCAACAUCACAGGUCAUACCGGUCUCCACAUCAUCCUUCCCUCCUCUGCCUCUCGUGCUACUGCUUCCGGUUCCUUGACUAAGCUCAGCAGAUGCAUAGUUGACAUGUCUGUACCAACAGCUACUAAAGCCCCGUUCGCUGGUCUUGCACUGAACAAUAUCAAGAAUUCCUUGAUAAUUGCGGGACAUGUUGCCGGAGCUGCUCACAUCACUGGAGUUGAGAAUAGUAUUAUUGUCGUGGCUUCUAGACAGGUUCGAAUGCACGAGUGCAAGAACGUGGAUAUCUACCUUCACUGUGCGAGCCGUCCUAUCAUUGAGGAUUGCAGUAACGUUCGCUUCUCUCCAAUCCCUGAGAACUAUAUGACCGCAUCAGAAGAGCCAGUCCAAAACCACUGGGAUCAGGUUGAUGACUUCAAGUGGCUCAAAGCUGAGCAUAGCCCAAACUGGAGUAUUCUACCGGAAGAGAAAAGAAUCAAUUCCGAUACUUGGACAAAGGAUGUUCCUGGUGGACCAGGAGUUGGACUCGAGGACAUUUUCAAGACAGUCGGGCUAACUGGACGUUGA